UCAGUUGUGGAAAUGUUGUGUUCAGGGAGGGUCGACUUUGAGCUGACAUUGAGAAUGAGGAUCUGUGCUUCAUCUAACAUCUCCGGACGCUCAUGGUAGACGGAGCUGCUACUCUCUCUGACUCUUAUCCCCUGUCCUUCAGCACCACAGCAUUGGACAGCACCAGGCAACCAGACCCUCAUUCACCUUUCCCCUCAGGAUAGCUGUUUGCUUCACUUGACUUUAUGGAGACAUUUUGCACUGGUUUGGACAAGUGAAAUUACAAGUGUUCGUCUUGGAGAGGAACCAACGGAUACACACCGCCACAACCGUUCUGGCAGGGGUGGGGGGGGAAAACUGUUCUAGUGUCGGUGUCAAGCUUCAUUGACGUUUUUUUGACUCUAGUCUUUGGUUAACCGAACCGCGAAGCUGCUGUCUACGUGGACCGGUGCUGAACUCUCCCGUCCGACCGCCAGGACCAAACCCAGAGACAUGGCCACGAACGGCACGAAAGCCUCCGAUGGACACGUUUUAACAGAGGUGAACGAAGCGUCCACCGCCAAUGACAAACCUAAAACUCUGGUGGUGAAAGUUCAGAAGAAAAAGGAACUUCCUGACAGAGAAACAUGGCAGGGGAAAUUUGACUUUCUUUUGUCAUGUGUUGGCUAUGCGAUUGGACUUGGCAAUGUCUGGAGAUUUCCUUAUCUAUGCGGAAAAAACGGAGGAGGGGCCUUCUUGAUUCCUUACUUUUUGACCCUUAUAUUUGCUGGGGUCCCGUUGUUUCUUCUGGAAACUGCCCUAGGUCAAUAUACAUCCAUUGGUGGUCUUGGAGUGUGGAAACUGGCUCCAAUGUUCAAAGGUGUUGGCCUGGCAGCAGCAGUCCUGUCUUUCUGGCUUAACAUUUACUACAUCGUCAUAAUUGCCUGGGCAAUUUACUAUCUCUAUAAUUCAUUCACCACAGAGCUCCCAUGGAAAUCUUGUGACAACCCUUGGAAUACAGAAAAAUGUUUUUCAAACUACAGCAUGGCAAACACCGCCAACAUGACUAGUGCUGUCGUGGAGUUUUGGGAACGUAACAUGCAUCAACUGACUGAUGGUUUGGAAAAGCCGGGAGAGAUAAGACUGCCACUAGCAAUAACACUGGCCAUUGCCUGGGUUCUGGUAUAUUUUUGUAUCUGGAAGGGUGUAGGCUGGACUGGAAAGGUAGUAUAUUUUUCGGCCACAUACCCCUACUUCAUGCUAUUUAUUCUUUUCAUCCGUGGAGUGACACUGCCUGGAGCGAAAGAUGGCAUUUUGUUCUAUAUCACGCCUGAGUUCAGCAAGCUGAAAGAAUCGGAGGUGUGGCUUGAUGCAGCCACUCAGAUCUUCUUCUCUUAUGGUCUGGGCCUGGGCUCUCUCAUUGCCCUUGGGAGCUACAACACUCACAACAAUAACAUAUACAAAGAUUCUAUCAUCGUCUGCUGCAUCAAUUCCUUCACCAGUAUGUUUGCUGGAUUUGUCAUUUUCUCUAUCGUGGGCUUCAUGGCCCACAUCACACAACGGCCCAUAGCAGACGUGGCUGCAUCAGGGCCAGGGCUGGCAUUCUUGGCCUACCCAGAGGCAGUCACGCAGCUGCCAGUUUCACCACUUUGGGCAAUUCUGUUUUUCUCAAUGUUGCUUAUGCUUGGCAUUGACAGUCAGUUUUGUACGGUGGAGGGCUUCAUCACUGCUCUUGUGGAUGAGUUCCCAUACUUGCUGCGAGGAAGACGAGAGAUCUUCAUUGCUGUUGUCUGCCUUGUGUCUUAUUUGAUCGGCCUGUCAAACAUCACGCAGGGUGGCCUCUACGUGUUCAAACUGUUUGACUACUACUCUGCUAGUGGAAUGUGUCUGCUGUUCUUGGUAUUUUUUGAAUGCAUCUCCAUAUCCUGGUUCUAUGGUGUCAAUAAAUUCUAUGGUAACAUUGAGGAGAUGAUUGGAUAUAAGCCGUGCAUUUGGUGGAAGCUGUGCUGGGUUGCAUUCACCCCUUUGAUUGUGGCGGGUGUGUUCCUCUUCAGUGCAGUUCAGAUGGUGCCGCUAACAAUGAAUAAUUAUGUGUUCCCAAAAUGGGGACAAGGUGUAGGGUGGUGCAUGGCCCUGUCCUCCAUGGUUCUAAUCCCAGGAUACAUGGGCUACAUGUUCCUCACUCUGAAGGGCUCAUACAAAGAGCGCCUUCGGAUAAUGAUUCAGCCCACAACGGUGGUUCGGAGUCAAAAGAACGGGCCCGAACAGCAACCUGAAAACCCCACCCCAGCCAGUGACGAGGCCUAUAUCUGAAGCCCCCUUCAUCCACCACGUAUUAUCAAAAGUCAACUUUCAGAGAGAGAAUUAAAGAGUAAUCAUGGUUGAACACAACCAAUGACUUCCAUGUCUGAAAUAUUAUCACCUACCUCCAAGGGAAAUCCAACCUUAUUACAGUUUAAUUUUUUUUGGAAACAUAUACAUUAUAUGAUCCAGAAAUCUAUAUGAUCAAAUCUAUCCAGCAAUGUUCUAGGCUUAAUCUGUAUUUCAUAUGCAAGAUGUCAGUCUUUCUAAAAAAAAAAAAAAUAAUAAUAAUAAUAAUAAUAAUAAUAAUAAUAAUAAAUAAAUAAAUAAAUAAUGCCACAGAGUAACCACAGGAUUACUUGUCAAUUCAAUGAUAAUUACAAAUUUGGUAUUCAUAUGUAAUUCCAUUAUUACAUUUUACAUGUAAUAAAUAUAUUACAAUAUAAAAAUACAACUGUAGAUAAGAAUCAAAUUGUAUUUGAUUGUAUCUGAAUAUAUAUAGGCAUGAAGUGAGAAUAUUGGAAUGUGGAACAGGGUGAGAUUGGAUCAUGUGAUCAUUAUCAAGUUUACAUAGCCAGACUAUUAAAUUUUAAAAAGACUACUUUUUCAAACACCACUUCUCCCCUUCAGCCCUUGGGGAAACCCUGAAAAGCACAAGACCAGUAUGGAUUUGGGUUUACAGACGCCAUAGGCAAUGAUAAAUUACCAGCCACAGGGGCAAAUUGACGUCACAAAUGACUGUUACAAUUUUUUUUAAAGACAAAAAAUAACUUUGUAUGUGUUUUUUAGGAUCACUUUAGGACAUGUUUUCUAUGUAAGAGUAAGAAGGACCAAAUUCAUGUUUAUGCGCUAUUGACAGACUGAAAAAUUGUUUUACGUUGCAUCACUGCAAAGCACAUGGUAUUAAAAGUCAUUUUUGGGGCACAGGUACCCCGUGAAACCACUGUUAAUCGUUCUCACUACAUUUGAAUGCCACUCCUCAGGAAAAAUGCCGAAAGCGACCAAAAUUUGCUCUCCUGGAUCACAAUAGUUUAUAGCUGUGAACAGUCUUCAGCAAAUAAUCAGUUCUGAGCAGAAGCUAUAGUCUGUUGCCAUGGUUUCUAGGGUCAUUUUGUCAGACGUCAUUGACAAACCAGUACUCUGUGUCAAAAAUUGAUUGAGCUGUUGUUUCGAAUGAAAAUAAGUCAAGGAACUAUUAUUAUUAUUAUUAUUUUAAAGCACACAGACUAGUUGGGCAAUAAAUAAUUUUAAUGAAAUAAUGUAUGACAGAGAGAGGCGACUUUCCACUUUUUGUUAUUUUGAAAUUCCGCUGAUGAAAAGCACAAAGCUUUAACUUCACAAGCCACAAAGGUAUCUGAAAAAGAACACUGUUAGUUUGCUUGUAUGGCAGCUACAUGUGAUAGGGAUCUGAAUGAAUUAGUCAGUUUAUUCCCUGCAAGACGUCUGAUGAAAAUGUGCAAUCAAUAAGCGCUUUCGUGAAAAUGUAUAAAUUUAACACUCAUCAAAUUUCUCUCUGAAACAAUGUUGUAAAACUGUACCGUAUAAAUGUAUCUGUGAAUGUCCGUUUUGAGGUUUUUGUCUUGUUGAAGAACCUUAUAUUAUUUGUUGUUUACUGCAAUAAUACAUUGAUCUGAGCAACUAAAGCACAUAUCUUUCUGAAAUGUAAAAAAAAAAGAGUAGUAAUAUUAACAAAUGAAUAACAAUAAUGGAAGAUUAUAAGAGCAUAGAUAAUAUGUCUAGUCAAACAAAAUAUUGUUUUGUAUAUUUCUAACUAUUUGGGCCUAAUGUAAAAUAUUCUAUGUAAAGAAAAAAAUAUAUAAUAAAUGUCUUUAGAUGGUGUUAUAUAAAAGCAUGAUUGCCAUAUGUUGUCUGAUAAAAGAA